GGACAUACCACGUCGUCAUGGCCGACUCGAGCUGGCCGGGCUGCGCAAAGAGUUUGAAAGGUGUCAUAUUGGACAUGUGUGGCGUGUUAUAUGACAGCGGUGAGGGCGACGGGGUUGCUAUUCCUGGAUCGAUUGAAGCUGUGAAAAAGCUCAAGGCAUCUGACCUGCAGCUGAGAUUCUGCACCAAUGAGACCCAGGCCUCAAGAGAAAAGUUUGUUGCCAAGCUACAAAGACUGGGCUUUGACAUCUCUGUAUCUGAGGUCUUCUCUCCUGCACCUGCAGCUGUAGCUGUUCUCAAGGAGAGAGGCUUGCGGCCUCACCUGCUGGUGUAUGAUGGAGUUCUCUCCGAGUUUGACAGUGUUGACAAGACCAAUCCAAACUGUGUGGUCAUUGGAGAUGCAGCUGAAAAAUUUUCCUACCAGAACCUGAAUGAUGCAUUCAGGGUCCUUAUAGGUCUGGAGAAACCAGUGCUGUUCUCUCUUGGCCAAGGGAGGUACUACAAGGAGACAGAUGGUUUGAAAUUAGAUGUAGGAGUUUACAUGAAGGCUCUGGAGUAUGCCUGUGAUUUGGAGGCUGAAGUUAUUGGAAAACCAUCCUCAACGUUUUUCAAAAGUGUUCUCAAUGAUAUGGGUCUUCAACCACAUGAGGCACUGAUGAUCGGGGACGACCUGGUGAAUGAUGUAGGUGGGGCCAAACACUGUGGAAUGAAAGGUGUACAAGUCAGAACUGGCAAAUACAGGCCCAGUGAUGAGAGGCACCCAACAGUGAUGGCUGACGGCACUGUAGACAACCUGUCCCAGGCUGUGGACAUGAUCCUUAAUCAGAGGAGACACUGAGAACAAGGCGUCAGACAGUGGAACCUCUGACACAUUUACUGUAACCCUAUGUGAUACAGACUGGUGCCUAGUAGUAUUUCCAUGUAGUUGUUUCCUGUGGGAAGGGUGUACUGCAUUGAGGAAAUUGAAGUAACAUGUCAAAACAGUACAAAUAUACUGUAUACUGAAAUAGUGUCCAAACACUGUAUAUCCUGUAACUGUCACAACUCAUUGUACUGCCAAAUAUGGAAAACACCCACCCAUCUGGUGCUCCACAUAGUGUAAAACAAACUAGAAUGAAAAUUGCAGAACUGCUACCAACAUCUGCAAGAGAGUCUUGAACACUGUAGAGCUGCACUGUGAAUUUGUCGGUACAUGAUUGGCAUAGAUAAGAUACCUCAAGCUGACAUUAAUGUGUGUGUAACCAGCUGCUGACUGACAGUUAGAAGGGAUAAGUAACACUGUGUUCAUACCCCCUGCUAAUGUUACACAGUCAGAUUAUUUGAGGAGCUACUGUGCAUGAAGUUGAUCAAACUGGAAAUGCACAAUUGAAAUGUGGUGUAGUGUAUUUUAAUGGAUGUGAGUAAACUCUAUGUAGGUAAUAUAAUCCCUUUUAAACAAAGCCUUAUUAAUGUAGUGAGGACAGAAGUCAAGCAUUUGACUUUAAUAUAUUAUGAAUAAAGCUAUUUUAGUUGUG